AUGGCAUCCAAUCCUAGUCUAAAUUGGUUAAAUCUCCAGAACGUAUACUAUAGUCUUGAUUCAUGUUAUGAUAGUUUAAAUUGGACAAUUCAAAAUCUUCAUUCUAAUUAUAAAGUAGUAAUAUCAACUAAUUGUACAUUAUUAGCCUUAGCAUCUAAAUUUGUUAAUUAUCCAAAUAUUAUUGAUAUUUAUUCAAUUAGUGGUAAUAAAAUAUGGUCAAUUUCUUAUAAUAAUCGUCCAGAAGAUCAUAUAGUGGAUUUUUAUUUUCGAAAUGAAGAUUUUGUAUUAGUAUUUAAUAAUAAUAGAUAUCGAUAUUAUCUGGAUUAUAAAACAGUAUUUAAUGAAUAUGAUUUUACUGAAAAUUUAAUAAAACUUGAAGAUACUAGUUCACCAUUUAAUUCCGAAACUGGAGGUUCUAAUGGACAUUAUAUUACAAAUUUAGAAAAUAAUUUAACUGAAGAAAUCUUUAAAAUCUUUGAAGUAAAACUUUGGAAAGAUUAUCUUAUUAUACGACAAAAUCAAAGAUUAAUUAUAAGUGAUUUAAAUAAUUUUACAAAUUAUGAAUUAUCAUUACUGUCAUUAGAUCUGUCCCAAAUUCAUAAUAUAAAUUUCUUAUCAAAUUCAGAAAUUUUAAUUAGUUAUAAAAAUACUAUAAUUAUAUGUAGAUUUGAAUUAAAAUUUAAUAAUUAUGAAUUAAUUGAUCAAGCAUUAACUGAUGGACCAUUCACAUCAGUAAAUUCAUCACCUAAUGGAAAUUUAAUAUGUUUAUAUAAUAAUAAAUCAUCUACAAUUUAUGUUAUUCAUAAUAAAUUUGAUAGAAUUUUAUUAGAAUAUAAUACUGAUGGAGAAUCAAGUAUACCAUAUCAAAUUGAAUGGUGUGGAAAUGAUGUUAUAGUAUUAUCUUUAAAAGAUGAAAUAAAACUUAUUGGUCCUGGUCAACAAUCUAUAUCUCAUUAUUAUGAUCUUGUAGUAGAAGAUGAAGAUGAUGAAUUUGAUAUAGAUCGAUUACUUAAGGGAACUAAUAUACCUUUAACUCAAGAUAUAACUUAUAUUAUACCAAUUUUAAAAACAGAACCUGAUGGACUUAAAAUUAUAACUUCUAAUAAAGUUCAAUUCCUUUCUCGAGUACCUGAUUCAACUAUUCUGUUAUAUCAAAUUGGUUCAUCACAUCCAAGUAGUAUAUUAUUAGAUUGUAUUGAUAAAUUAUCAAUUCAUUCUUCAAAAGCUGAUACAAAUAUUUCAUUACUUGAAUCAGAUGGUUCAUUACUUAUUGCUAUGAAAACUUGUUUAGAAGUAGUAUUAGAUGAAUUUAAUCAAUAUUGGCAAAAGAAAAUAUUAAGAGCUGUAUCUUUUGGUAAAACAUAUUAUCAUGAUUAUUAUAAUAGUGAAGAAUAUUUAUUAACUUUAAAUAAAGUUAGAGUACUUAAUCAAUUAAGAUCUUCAUCAAUUGGGAUUUUUUUAACUUAUAAAGAAAUUGAAGUAUGUGGAUGGGAAGAAAUAAUAUUAAUGUUAUUAAGACGUGAUCAACAUCUUUUAGCAAUUAAAAUUAUUGAAUCAUUAAAUUUAAUUCAAUUAAAAAAUACUGUAUAUAUUCAUUGGUGUUGUAAUAAAAUUAGAAAGGAAGCUAAUAUUUCUGAUAAAGAAUUAUAUGAUAUUAUUAAAAAUCGAUUAACAAGUUUAAGUAAUUCUAAGAUUAAUACAAUUUCUGUGGAUAAAAUAUCACAAGUAGCUUAUGAAGAAGGAAGAAUUGAACUUUGUAAAUUACUUAUAAAACUUGAACCAUCAAUUAAACAAAAGAUGAUUCAAUUUUUAAAAUAUGAAGAAAUUGAAUUAGCAUUAGCAGAAGCUAUUCAAAGUGGAGAAAAUGAUUUAGCAAAUAUAAUUUUAUUAUAUUUACAAAAUACUUUAACUAUAUCACAAUUCUUUAGAAUUUUAAAUCAAAAUGAAACUAAACAAAGUCAAAUACUUUCAGAUAGAUUAUUUAUAAGUGAUGAAUUAAUUGGAAAUUUUUGGAUUAAUAAUAUUGGACAUGAACAACCAAAUAUUUUAAAUGCUUAUUAUACUCAAGAAGAUAAAAUAGUUGAAUUAACUAAUAAUAAUUUAAAGAAUUUUAUUAAAAAUCCCGAUUAUAAUAAUGAAAAUUAUUAUAAAAAUUAUAAAUCUCAUUUACAAAGAGCAAUUAAUAGAUCUAAUCCUAAAAGAGUUAAUAAAAUGUAUCAACAUGAACUUGAACUUUUAGAUUUACAAAAGAAACUUGGAGAAACUUAUAUUACUAAUUUUUAUGGAGAAAAAUCAGUAACUGAAGUAUUAAUUAAACUUAUUGAAAUGAAUCAAUUAAAACCAGCAUCAAAAAUUGCUAAAGAAUUUAAAAUUUCUUUAGAAAAAUAUUGGAAUUUAGUAGUUGAAACUCUUGCAUCGGGUAAAGAAUUUGAUAAAUUAUAUGGAUUUAUAACUGAUACUAAUGAUAUUAGUAAUGUUAAAUCUCCUAUAGGAUUUAAACCAAUUAUUGAAGCAUGUUUUAAAUAUAAUGGACCAAAAGAUCAUUUAAGUAAUUAUAUUAAAAAUUGUAAUAAUAUUGAUUAUACUGAAAAAGUUGAAUAUUUUAUUAAAAAUGAUGAUAUAGAUUUAGCAGCUCAAGAAGCAUUUAAAGCAAAAGAUAUUCGAAUUUUACAAGAAUUAUCUCAAACAAAUAUUAAUAAUAAUAUUAAAAAUAUUAUUGGAGAUUAUAUUUCCAAAUUAGGUUAUUAA